CUUUUGACUUACCUACACUUGAGCAACACCACCGCGAGCUAGAGAGACGCAGAACCCGUGCGUGCAUUGUGUCCUCUGAACUCAAGCGCCUCGCACCUCGUCGCGAUGGCGGAUCUAGCGGUUCUGCGCACGGCUAAGCAGGCUCUUGACGAGGGCCUUCUCAACCCUGAAGACUACGAUUUUAUCAAGAAGGCAUUCCUUCGCGCGCAACAGAUCAAGGCGGGACUUGACGCGGGCUUUAUCAAGGAGGAGGACUUUGUGCAGGCUCGCGACUCAUUCUUGCACUCGCUGGAUUUUGCGUUGGUCGGGGGGUCGUCCCAGCCUGCCUACGUGCAGACACCAUCCAUCCCCGACGCCCCAGCGAUGCCGCCGCCCGCGCCGGUCGCUCUUCGCGCCGCGGCAGCGGCGCCUCAGCGUAACUCCACGCCGUCCCGCGACACGGCACCCGCGGCGCCAGUGCCCGUGGCUGCGGCAGCAGCGGCCGCGCCCGCCGCUGCGGCGGUCCCUCGCAUCAGCCCGGCACCGCCCGGCGCUGGCACGGUGCCCAUCCCCACGGACCUGCCCACCUCGGCACGUGGCGCGCGGUCAAGCAGCGUGGUGUCCAACAAGACGUCCAUGUCGGGCAUCUCGGUGAGCGACCAGUGCGUGGCUAUCUUCAACCACAUCAAGACCAAGUCCGCGUACAAGUGGGUCACCUUCAAGGUCAACGACGCCGGCAAUGAGGUGGUGGUGGACCAGCUGGGUGCUGCCGACUCCUCCUAUGAGCAGUUCAUCAACAUCCUGCCCGAGAACAACUGCAGAUACGGGGUGUACGACUACGCCUACCUCAACGCCGACACGAACCAGACCGUCAACAAGCUGGUGUUCGUGCACUGGGCCUCUGACACCGCCACCACCAAGAACAAGAUGAUGUACGCCAGCACCAAGGACUUCCUCAAGUCCUACCUGGACGGACUGGGCGCGGAGCUGCAGGCCACCGACACCAAGGAGCUGGCCGAGAGCGAGAUGCGCGAGCGCGUGCACCAGGCCAUCACACGCAAGUAGAGGAGGAAGAAUGAUGGAGUUUUUGAGCAGAGCGCGCCCGAUAUGUGUGUGGGGGGGGUGCUUCGAGUGGCGCGAUGCGGGACGCGGGUGUGAGUUCAUGAGGCAUGGUUCAUUACGGUGUGGACACACGUGGUGGCGUGGUGUGGGCGAGGACGAGGUUUGGGGGACGAGAGGGAGCUGGGAGACACAUGUGAACGGUGUGUUGAGUUUGCGGUGUGUGGCGGAGUCUGUCUGCAGGUAGCGUGGGUUGCAGGAGGCUGCAGCUGUAGGAAGGGGAUGUCUUGUUCCUGUGCGUGCAUGGCAUGCGUAUGGGUGCAUCUCCAUACUGGAGCGCCUGUGAGCGCUCGAGCUGAUGUAAAGAGGUGGCGUACACAAGCUGAGUAUGCGGAGACAGAACCUGUGUGGUGCGCUGUUCUGUUGAGUGGUUCUUGUCCGGGCGCGCCGGUCUGUUUGUGUAUUUCGGAUGGAGCUUGUUUGUUGAAUGGGAUGGGCGCGCGUGAUUGCGGGUUUCUGCUCGUUGUGAGCGCUAACUGACCUAGCGAACCAGGCGAAUGCGGCCGUUGCGUGAACAGUGCGAUUGCACUAAGUGGCUGUGUGCAUGGCCAGGGGAGGCGGAUGCUGAGGCAGGCAACGAUAUGACCGCCGGGCGGGGAGGGAUGCGGUGCCCGGGUUUGGGCCCGAGCGUGUCUCGCCCCAUCCGCCUUGUAGACUUGUGACUUGUU